AUGCUGACAAAAUAUCAUUCAAAUCAAAGUACUAGUAGUAAUAGUAGAUCAUCAAUAGGACUACCCAAGAUUUAUAAUAAACGAGUUAAACAUAUAAUACCAUUUAUUUCAAUAUUAAUAUUUAUUAUAUUAACCAUCAAUUUAUUAUCUUCUGAAUCAAUAGAUCAAAUUAAUCUCGAGAAUCAAGCACGAGUAUUACAACAUAAAAGUAAAUUCAAUCCUAAAGAUAAUGUCUUAGACUUAAUAAAUUAUCUCAAUACUAUCGAACCAGAUGAUGAUACUGAUGAUUAUCAACAACCACAACCAGAAGGAGAUGGACAAGGAGUCUAUUUUCAUUGGGAUGAUUGGGUUGAUUUAUCUCCAGGAAAUUCUAUUCUUAAAAAAUAUCGUAAAAAGUAUCCACUUGGUCAAUGUGACUCAACGUUGGAAAAAUUUGCUAGUGUUAAUAGUUAUUGGUUGGAAACUUAUAAAAAAAAGGUAUUAAGGGGUAUGAGUAAUUUAUAUUGUUUGAAGGAAGUUCCAAAUAAAAUCUUUUUAAAUACUGAUGAUUCAAUGAUUGAAAUCCCCGUGAUUGGUAAGAAAAGAUUAGGUAAACAACAUCAACAAGAUAUUCAAGUUACCACGAAUCAAUUAUUAUAUGAAAUGAGUAAAUUAAAUCAAACUCAACAUAAUUUCCCCGUUUAUAAAACAACUAAAUUACAAAAUCAAGUUGAUUUAAAUAUUGAAGAUUUCAUGUUUGAUCCAAUUUUAGAAAUUCAUAAAUUAAUGGAAAAACAACAACAAACUAUGGAUAAUUCUUUAACAACUCAAGAAUUAGAAUAUUUAACCUUUUUAAAUAAUUCAAAUAAUCAAGUUGAUCAUGCUGAUAAAUUUUUUAAAUAUCCUUGGAUUAUUAGUGAUAUUUAUCAAGGAAAUGCUCAUCAUGUCUCAUAUCCUUUUUUCAAACGAUUUAUAAAUGAUCGUGAACGUCAUGCAAUUCUUCAUCAUAUGAUUAGAGCUUGGUUUCAAUUCACAACUAGUCAUGGAUUCACCAGUUGGAUAAAUCAUGGUAAUUUAUUAGGUUGGACAUAUAAUGGAAUUAAUUUACCUUGGGAUACUGAUAUUGAUAUACAAAUGCCAAUUAAACAAUUACAUGAAUUAGCUCAAAAUUUCAAUAAAUCAUUAAUUAUUGAAAAUCCAAGAUAUGGAAAUGCAAGAUAUCUUUUGGAAAUAAGUCCAACUUAUAUUCGACAAGGAAAUGGGAAAAAUUUCAUUGAUGGAAGAUUUAUUGAUAUUAAUAGUGGAUUAUAUAUUGAUAUUACCGGAUUAUCAUAUGCUGAUACCAAUUCUGCUCCUUCAAAACAAUCACUUUAUGUUCAUUGUAAAAAUUGGCAUUGGCAUGCUUUAAAUGAUUUAUUACCAAUUAGACAUAAUUAUUUUGAAGGUGCAUCAGUAUAUAUUCCAUCAAAAGUAAUAUCUACCCUAGCACAAGAAUAUGGUGAUAAAGCAUUAACACAAUUGAAAUAUCAUAAUCAUGAAUACAAUAAGGCAAUGUCAAUGUGGAUCCCCAAUUAUUUAAAACCAACUAUCCCAGGACAAUUAAAUCCAAUAUUACAAGAUGAAUAUCAAAUAAUUAAAGAAUGUAGUCAACGACAUCAUAAUAUAAAUGGAAAUUUGGAUGAAUCUAGUGAUUAUGAUCUUGAUUCAUUUGGGGAUUUACCAAUCUUUAGAAAAGAUCCUUGGGAUUAUUAUAAUGAUUUAAAUAAUGGAGUUGGAAAACCUGAUAAAUGGUAUGUAAGACAAGAAGUUGUGUCAACCAUGGUGAAUUAG